AUGUCGAUCGCGCUACAGCGGACGAAAUCGAGAGCUUUGAAGACCAUAGGUAUGCUUUAUUGUGGUAGAAAACAACUUUUUGGAUUACAUUUGUUAUUUUUUAGGCCGUUUUUCACAUAUUACGUCACCUCAGUGCAAAUUCUAGUUUGCUUAGCAAGCAUAUUCUUUCACGGAUUUGGUCCUAUUGGAAUUGAUCACAGAGAACGAACUGCGAGCGUGCUGCAUACGUCUGUCGUUUUAAGACAAGUUUCAAUAUAUGAGUUGGAAAAUAUUUGGCUUGGGCCGAAAUUCUCUGAUUUGGUGCACUUGGGUGCUAAAUACGCACCAUGCAUGCGUCGGGAUCAUCAAAUAUAUGCAGAGAUAGAGAAGGAAAGGAAGGCGGAAAGCCAGACUGGUUGCUGCAUUUUUAACGAUGGGAUUGGUUGUUUUCAAGCCUCGGAAAAUGAGUGUCCGAGUUUUAUUGCUACUCUGGUCAAGUGGUCGAAAAAGACCAAAGGACCGCUUGGCAGAACUUCUGGUGCGGUUUGUGGUCAAGAUCCAAAUUACUGUGAUGAACCGCUUUCUGCUCCUCCGUCCGCAUGGCCAGAUGAUAUUUCGGAGUGGCCGAUGUGCAGACGUCGAAGUCACCACAUAGUGCCCGAAAAUGAAAGACAUCUCCACUGUGAAAUUACGGGACACCCUUGCUGUAUCCUUCUGCAUGGUCAGUGUCGCAUAACAACAAGAGAAUAUUGUGACUUCGUGCAAGGAUUUUACCAUGCAAACGCUACUCUUUGUUCACAGGUGUCUUGUUUGAGCGAGGUUUGCGGAAUGCUGCCAUUUCUUCGUAGAGACCAUCCAGAUCAGAUUUAUCGCUUGUUUCUGUCUCUUUUUUUACAUGCAGGGCUGUUACAUUGUUUUCUGACUUUCCUUGUUCAUUGGUUCUAUAUGCGUGAUUUGGAAAAGUUGAUUGGUUGGAGCCGCAUGGCUGUUCUUUAUAUGGGGUCAGGUAUUGGUGGGAAUUUGGUCAGCGCCAUUUUAAUGCCAUAUCAGCCUGAAGUUGGACCGUCGGGUUCUCUUUUUGGAAUAUUUUCUUUUUUGCCAGUAAUUUUAGUCGAAUUUAGGAGGAUUAUUGCUAAACCUUGGGGAGCACUUCGAGAUUUAAUUUUGUUUACGCUUGUGCUUUUUCUUAUUGGAACACUUCCUUGGAUCGACAACUGGGCACACAUAUUUGGUUUUAUUUUUGGUCUCCUUAUUUCGUUAGGUACAUGUCAUACAUAUUCUUCGUGUGUAUGUAUAUAUGGGCCGUCCCAUCUUAAUCCAACAGCUAGUCAGGUAAAGUGGGAAGUUCUUGGACUUUUUUGUAACUUGAAAAUGUAUACUACCUUCAUAAACAUAAGGAGCAUAAAACGCUGGAGUGAAAAUACCUCUUACAAUCUGCAAAAUAACGAGUUGUUAGUAUGA